CUGCAGACAACGCGUGGAGACGAGGGUCCGCGCGCAGAGCGGCGGUCUUUCGCAGGUUCUUUAUUUUGACACCAUACUUGGAUGUCUUUUAAUAAGCAUUCUGUUGUAUGUACAUGACAAUAUUUUGAUGAGCAACAUGAUGAGGAGAGCAGAGCCACUCCGCGACGCUUCCACACAGAGCGCGGACUGAGUCCUACUAGCCGCUCGGCACAGGGAGUCCCGAAGCCUUUCCGCUCCUCGUUUACUGUUCUCAAAAGAGCGGAUUUUAUGCGAAAGGUGGUUCGUUUCGACAAGCCAUGGAGGGACUUGUCUAAAGAGGAUCCAACAUAGUUUUUUUCCCCCUUUUUUCUUUAUUUUUCUUUCUGGCAAGCAACAUACAUUUACCCAUUCAUUAUGGCGGAGAAGCCAGGCUCUGGAUUGCCGAAAAGCAACCCCAGGCCUGCAGGCUCCCUCCCUCCGGAACCCAUCGAGAUCAUUCGGACCAAGGCCCGGUCCAGGAGAGUUCGCAUAAAUGUGGGCGGUCUGAACCACGAGGUCCUGUGGAGAACCCUGGACAGGCUGCCUCGCACCAGGCUGGGCAAGCUCCGCGACUGCAACACCCACGAGACCCUGAUGGAGGUCUGCGACGACUACAGCCUGAACGACAACGAGUACUUCUUCGACAGGCACCCUGGGGCGUUCACCUCCAUCCUCAACUUCUACCGGACGGGCAAGUUGCACAUGAUGGAGGAGAUGUGCGCCCUGUCCUUCGGCCAGGAGCUUGACUACUGGGGCAUCGACGAGAUCUACCUGGAGUCGUGCUGCCAGGCGCGCUACCACCAGAAGAAGGAGCAGAUGAACGAGGAGCUGAGGCGGGAGGCCGAGACGCUCAGGGAAAGAGAGGGCGAGGGGGAGUUUGAUAACACCUGUUGCCCAGACAAGAGGAAGAAGCUCUGGGACCUUCUGGAGAAACCCAGCUCCUCAGUGGCUGCUAAGGUUUUGGCCAUCAUAUCCAUCUUGUUCAUUAUCCUCUCUACAAUUGCACUGUCACUGAAUACCUUGCCUGAGCUCCAGGUGACAGACGAGUUUGGCCAGGCCAAUGACAAUCCUCAGCUGGCACACGUUGAAGCCGUGUGCAUUGCCUGGUUCACAAUGGAGUACGUGCUGCGCUUCCUGUCCUCCCCAAAUAAAUGGAAGUUCUUCAAAGGCCCACUCAAUGUCAUUGACUUAUUAGCCAUAUUGCCCUACUAUGUCACCAUUUUCCUGACAGAGUCCAACAAGAGUGUGCUACAGUUUCAGAAUGUGAGGCGGGUGGUCCAGAUCUUCCGAAUCAUGAGAAUACUUAGGAUUCUCAAGUUGGCAAGACAUUCCACAGGUCUUCAGUCUCUCGGGUUUACCCUUAGGCGGAGCUACAACGAACUCGGAUUACUAAUAUUGUUCUUAGCUAUGGGCAUCAUGAUCUUCUCGAGCUUAGUGUUCUUUGCCGAAAAAGAUGAAGAUGCCACAAAAUUCACAAGCAUUCCUGCUUCCUUCUGGUGGGCUACCAUCACUAUGACAACUGUAGGCUAUGGCGAUAUUUAUCCACAAACACUGCUGGGCAAAAUAGUUGGUGGACUUUGCUGCAUUGCAGGUGUGUUAGUCAUAGCCUUACCCAUACCCAUCAUUGUGAACAACUUCUCUGAGUUCUACAAGGAGCAGAAGCGACAGGAGAAAGCCAUCAAGAGACGAGAGGCCUUGGAAAGAGCCAAGAGGAAUGGAAGUAUUGUCUCUAUGAAUCUGAAAGACGCCUUUGCUCGUAGCAUGGAACUAAUGGAUGUUGUUGUGGACAAAAGUGAAGACAAGCGCUCCUUAGACAACCAUUUGUCACCAAGCAGAUGGGGUGCAUCCCAGCGAACCAUGUCUGAUGCAAGCAUCAAAUCCUUUGAUAAAAAGUCUCCGGAGACUGUCCAGCAGAGUUCACAAGACCGCGUCAGUAAUCCCGGUGCCAGCCCACAGCAUCUAAAUGCUCAGAAGCUGGAGGAGAUAUAUAACCAGAUGACAAAGUCACAGUCAUUCACUAAUCUCAAUGCAACAGCCGCACCACCAGCAGAGCCAGAGACGAAGCAGGAGGUGGAGUUAGAGAUGAAAGUCGUCCCUCCAGCCUCCAACCCCCCACCAAAGGAGAGACUAAUUACUGACAUCAGAAGCAUAUCAAGUGUUGACAGUUUUGCAAGCUGUACAACCGACAUUGCUGAAGGAGAGCAGGUUCAGGGGCGACAUCCAAGGGCCCCCCCAACUCUGGACCUUAGCCAUUUGGCCCCACUAGGCAGUAAGGCAGAUGAGGGUGAGAAAGAGGGCCAAGGAUACAUAUAUGAGUUUGUCUCCUUCAAUCCAGAAAGCGGCACCUUCUCUCCCAAGGAGGACCGUCAAAGCUUUUCCCACGAAGCUGAAAGCAUCAGAAGCCUCAUUACAAGCAACCACCCCACGAAGAUCAGGGGACUGAAAGUAAACUUCCUUGAAACCCCUGAUGAGACUCCACUCACACCUCCCAGCACCGUCAGAUCACCACUGCUGACAGAGCCUGAGCUGAUGACCUCAUCCCCGAAGCAAUUCAGCACCACCUUGCUGGAAGACAGUUUCCCUGAGGCAGAAGAACUAUUGCUUAGUCCUGACUCGGAAGCACUUGAUACUUUUCCAGAAGACGUAUCACUCCAGUCUACCCCAGGGGAGAAUGAUGACAAUACUACACAAGGGGAGGAGAAGCUGGCCUCAAAGGGGGUAGGACAAGGCUUCUUCCGGGAGAACCAUGAAGAAGACAACCGAAUGGAACAGGUAGGCCCAGCCCUCAGCCCAUCCUCCCCAAAGCCCACGGUGCAGAACUGCAUGCAGGGCGCUGCUGGGGAGGGGAAGCCUGACAGUAACCAAAGUGGACACAAAGUGGAGAACCACACAUUUACGCCAGAAAUCCACAUAAGGUCGGGGGAUGGCAGCUUGUCCCCUACGUGUGAAACCAGCAUGUGACUGAGGAAUGUGGGGAGGAGGCCUACAGAUCUACUGAAGGUCUGUUGAGA